CAGACACACGCACAUGCACGGGUGGAGUUUCUUCGUGCUUUAAACUGGCGCGUAAUGUGCCGCAGUGGUGUCAUUACGCACGCGGAGCUCACUAAGAGCGCAAGAGGAGCGCAAAGCUACCGGACUUCUUAAAGACAUCUGUAGAAAAAACGAUUGGCUCGUUACUAUAUAACUAUAUGAUGACAGACCUGCGGAGCAGUUGGAUUCUAAAGGUUAAAUGAUUCUUCAGAGCCCGACCAGAUGUGAUUCUGGUUUUGUCCUAGUGCCGCCCACAAACACCAGACCCUUCAUGAGAUGUUCAAAUCCCAUCUGACCUCUGACAUAACAUGGAUGUCCAUCUGCAGGCCAACCCUCAGCACCAGUACGCAGUCAACGGGAGAGCUGGCCGAAACUCAAGGCCAGUUAAAGAUGAUACUCUGCGCUUUUUUCGGGAGGAGCGGGAGUGCCUCAAAUUCUUCGAGGACACUAUCGGCUCAUUGGAGGAGGGUCCAGACCACUGCAGGACAAGGCAGGUGAAGGCCCCCGUGAGCAGCAGUGGUCGUGUUGAACAGGCUGAUAGUUCUGGAACCCCGAGUCUCAAAUCUGGGGUCACUGUGUCGUCCCUCAUGUCCAGACCUCCCAAGGACCAGGAUAUUAUUGACCUGGUCCACCCAGAACCGGACUUUGUGCAGACCAAAGAGCCAGUCUUCAGUCCCACCAGUUCAGGUUUUCAGAGUAUGUUUCCGACCCGUGAAAGCCACUCUGAGGUAAAGCCAAGGCAUGAUCCGAUGGACAGCUUGCCUUCAGAGUACAACCCUACUCUACCAGGUGGCACCCAUGGGUCGACAGACUACUCCUACCACCCCCCAGGGUGCAUUCCCACCCCAGUCCUGAUUGCCCAGAAUAUUGCACUCCACCGCCGUCAGAGUCUUGAGUCUGAAAAGCCACCGAGCUACAGCAACAAUAUUCCUGUGAAACAGGGUCCUCCUACCUCUGCUAAGCCUACCCGCUUCCCUGCUAAUAUCAACAUGACUGUGGGCAACAAAGAGCAGCAGAACCAGUCAGUGGCGAACACGAGCAUCCAGGAGCGUCGGUCACAGAUGCUGGCAAAUCUAACAGGAACAUCACACCCUCUGUUGCUGGACGAUCCUCAACAGGCCAUCGAGCAGAAAGAUCGAAAUACUCCCACUCGCAACAUCUCCCCCAGGGACCCUGAACGAGAUCAGUCUAGGGCAGAGGCUCUGUCUAAGCUGGGCCUGACCAGAAACCAGGCCACGUCUGGGGGUAUGUCACUCCCUAGCAGCACCUCACUGGAUCCUGGAACAACAGAAAUCAACAUGAAACUGGCAGAAGCCAAAGUUACGACCUCACUUUGGAACCAGAGUCAUGUCGAUGGAAAACCACAGAUUCUGCGGACAGGCUCCCACGGGAGCAAUAUAGAUAGAAAUUCCCAACCGAACCUGUCACCUCUAUCAACCACAAAAAGCACCUACUCUUCACCUCCUUUGGAAACCAAGGUAUCCACCUCCACUUCGCCUGAGGUCAGAUCUCUGGAGUUUAACAGCUACGGGGGCAAAUCUAUUGUAGUCCAACCUUCUGUUUCUUCCAGGAGUGAACCUGUAACCUCUCCAACUAGUCAUGACCCCAAAGUGCUGCCCCCUGCACUGGCUAAACCCAGCGAGUUCAACAAUUUUGGAGGAAAGACAAAACCUGCUCCUGUAGCCAUGGCCCGUGCUCCUGUAGCCAUGACCCCUGCUCCUGUAGCCAUGACCAGGAAUGACCUUCCCGACAUCCUCAGCUCACAUAUUGACAAAAGUCAGUCCUACCCUGCAAAAUCAGAGCCUCUACCUACCGAGCCUAACCAUUACGGAGGAAAAAGCCAAAACAUCAACCCUUCCACUGGGUUAAGUCACCCUUCAAACAGCUCAGCAAGGAGUUUCAAAGCUCCAGCUCCAGCCCCUGCUCCAAAACCUCAUCGGCACACCAUCCAAGGUGCUCACCAGAGAGCAGCACCUCAAGUCUUGUCCCCUGAUCACAAGCAGAAACCCGCCUCCAUGUUUCGCCCCGAGAGCAUCACUGUGCAGUUUUCUGGGCGGGGGCCUAUGACCGAAUCACGCAAGGAGGCCUUGAGGAAACUGGGGCUGCUGAAAGAGUCUUGAUAAACUCUGCAAAUUUAGUCUGCAGUCUCCGUCUGUCGAGCCUCAAUCCCUGAUGUGUGGACCUGCUGGUGAAGGUGGUAUUCUAGAGUUUUUCCAUUUAUGUCUGAGGUGUGGUUGGAGAGAGACCUACUUUUACAGAGGAAUGGAGUCGGAUCCUGUGACAGACCUGCACAGCAAGUUCUCACUUCCUGCCCAUAAAAAAAAACUGACAAACAAGCAUGACUGCAGGCCCAUCUGACACAGUUUUGAUGACAGAAGUCUUGAUGGAUAAACUGCUUUAUCCUCUGAUCUAGGACAUGAUACUGUAUACUCUGGAAUUAACUGAUGCUAUAAAGUGAAGCAUCCUCUUCCUGGGGGAAUCAAAUAACAUUUGCUCUCCAAACUCACCUUUGUUUGCCACAAAUGAGGCUGACUGUAAAUAGCCAGGCUUUUUAAAAUAAGCCCCAUUUCCUAAAAACAUCAAAUGUUAAAAGAAAUCCGUGCAUUUAUUGGGGACUAUUUUUUUCUGAAACUUUAGUUUUACUGGCAGCAGGAUGGUGUGUGGGACUGAUUCAAAAUAAACUACAAUGGGACAAAGAUCUUUACCAUAGGAUGUUCUUUGGAAAGGUAGCUGAGAUUAGAAGUUAAAUUGAUUUUAUAUUUUGUUUUUACAUUAAAAGUAAGGUUGGAUUAAGAGCACAACUGCCCCAAUGCCCCAAACCUUCAAGGUCUCAAAAGCCACAGUUAAUUUGUUGCACUUUUAUUAAAAAGGGCAUUUGUUUGGUUGUAUGCUAAAGUACAACAUAAAUGAAACAUACCUUAUGUUUGUGUCUGACCUUUAUCUAAUUUUGAGGCCUUAUCUGUUGAUGAGGUCAAAAUCUAGUUUUGAUAUAUUACUUACAUUAAUAUUUCAGUUUUUAAAUAAACUUGUACUUAAUAAAAGUGACAUAAACUAACUGGCACGUUGCAAAGUCUGGGGCAUGUUAGUAAUCCAGAAUAAGUUUCUGUGGCUCUGGGAACUGUAUGGCAAUACGUGCCUGGGGGUCAGUGGGGGCCCACAGCUCGGUUUUUUCCCCAUGCCCCCCCAGCAGGUUAAUCAGGCCCUGGUGAAAUUGUACUUUGUCUUUAGCUGCAAACAUAUCCUUAUACCUGCAAUUUACAGUAAAUUGUGUUUUUGUUACAGUAUAAAUAUUGAUCUGUCAAAAAUUAUGACAAAAGGCAAAUGAGCAAGUAAUUAUGCAAAUAAGUAAUUUGACAAUUAGAAAAACAAUAAAUGGUUAAAUUUAAGUGUAUUUUUAAAAGUUUGUAAUUAAAUCUUUAAUAAUUUAGAGCUAAAAACUGAAAACAACAAGCUCUCAGCACAAACUCAGAAAAAUCUGGCCUUUGUUUCUCUAAGUUAUUUGAUUUAUGGUGUCACUCUCCUCGUAGCAGGAGUGAAAAUUGAAAUUAAUUAAAGUGAAAUUAAUAUUCAUACACAGGCUGUGAAGUCCUUAUCACCUCUGCUACGUGGGGACUUUUUUUGGUUGGACCGGUUUGUUUGUUUACUAUGGGCAUUUUUUUUUUUAAACAGUGAGCUUGUCUGUGCGUUUUAUUUCUAACAGCACUUUGGGGCAAGAACAAUAUUGAAAGCACUUUUCACUUGAGCAAUUUUAUUAUGUUUGAAAUGACCAAAGCUGUAAAUGUUCAUAAGAGGCUGCAUGGGGACAUAUCGUAACUAAAGUGAAAAACACUCUGAAAAAACUUCUAUUUCUUUUUAACUGCUCUCUAAUUUUUCCAUUCAUUCCAAUAACUCUGAUGUCCUGGAAUAGCUACAGUGCAGGAGUUAUAGAGGAAAGGAGCUGGGAUUCUUGGAAGAUGGGACGCUCAGCUGAGCUGCAGGAUAUUUUUACUCCAUGGACAAACCUCCCACACCAAACCACAAACUGUGGAAUGGCUUUGUGGGCAGAACACGUACUUUUUUACUACACAGAGGGAAUACUUUAAAACUGCUCUUUAGGGAUGGGCGAGCACAUGGGAAUGUACAUAAUACAAGCACUAAAACCACAGAAUCUAGAAAAACGUCCUGGGUUACUUAUGUAUUUGUACUGUUGGUAACUGUGCUGUUUUUGACAAGUGUGUUUUAACGGUUGUAAUAGCAUAAGCAUGUAUCUGUUUUUAUGUAAGUGUAGUGUGUUUUAUCCAGACUCCGGCCUCUGUAGUUCACCUACAGUAAUGUUUGAAGUAUAUUUUGUUUCACACAUAUGUACCAAAGUACUACUCCUGUGUGAAUGUGUUUGUGAAUUUUGUUUACAGACUCCGGUUCUCUGUAGUUCAGCUACAGUCAUGUUGAAGGAUCCAAUGGUGCCUACAUGCAGUGUAUAACUACAUUCUGUAUAACAUACCCUACUUUGUGAGGAGAUGUUUUUUGCAGCGUGUACAGAUCUGCAUAGAACAAGAAUAAAAAGUGUAUCCGUGCUUGGGAAAUGGGACUUUGAGUGGCCAUGUGAGAGCUGCUACUAUGCUACAACAGCCUGCUACACCUUCUGACUUUUUAUAAUGUCCACUUUAUAUACUGUAUAUACUCUGCCGAAUAUAUCUUAAGUUGAAUUGUUGCCAAUCA